AUGAGACAGAGCGGCGCCUCCCAGCCCCUGCUGAUCAACAUGUACCUGCCAGAUCCCGUCGGAGAUGGUCUUUUUAAGGAAGGGAAGAGCCCGAGCUGGGGGCCACUGAGCCCCGCGGUGCAGAAAGGCAGCGGACAGAUCCAGUUGUGGCAGUUUCUGCUGGAGCUGCUGGCAGACCGUGCAAACGCCGGCUGCAUUGCGUGGGAAGGCGGUCAUGGCGAGUUCAAGCUCACCGACCCCGACGAGGUGGCCCGACGCUGGGGCGAGCGCAAGAGCAAGCCCAACAUGAACUACGACAAGCUAAGCCGCGCACUCCGCUACUACUACGAUAAAAACAUCAUGAGCAAGGUGCACGGAAAGCGCUACGCCUAUCGCUUUGACUUCCAGGGCCUGGCGCAGGCUUGCCAGCCACCGCCCGCACACGCCCACGCCGCCGCCGCAGCUGCUGCAGCAGCCGCCGCCGCUCAGGACGGCGCACUCUACAAGCUCCCUGCCGGUCUGGCCCCGCUGCCGUUCCCCGGCCUCUCCAAACUCAACCUUAUGGCAGCCUCGGCCGGCGUCGCGCCCGCUGGCUUCUCCUGGCCCGGCCCGAACGCCACCGCCGCAGCUACCGCACUCUACCCCACCCCGGGCUUGCAGCCCCCACCCGGGCCAUUCGGCGCGGUGGCCGCCGCCUCGCACUUAGGGGGUCAUUAUCACUAG